AUGACAAAUGAAAAUGACACUGUGAAAAAUGUAGACAGCUUUGUAAUCACUGGAUUUGAUCAUCUGCAGAACCAAAAAUUCCUCGGAUUCCUUAUCUUAAUAACCUACAUGCUCAUAAUGCUUGGGAAUGGCAUCAAUCUAUGCAUUAUAUUGACAGACAGACAUUUACACCGACCAAUGUACAUUUUAAUCUGUAACCUAGCUGUCGUCGACAUAAUGUUCUCAUCUACCUGCAGCACUACCAUGAUCUCAGUGCUGCUAGCUGAGAUUAAAACAGUUUCAUACUACUCUUGUAUUUCAAGGAUGUACUUCUAUCAUCUUGGUGAUUUCACAGAGUGCAUGGCUUUGACCUUAAUGGCAUUAGACCGAAUUAUUGCGAUUAGACUUCCGUUAAGGUAUCACACCAUUGUAACAAAUUCACGAACAGUUCUGUUUAUAUUGCUGACCUGGCUUGCUGGUUUCAUUGUAAUAGGGGUUGUAACAUCUGUGGCGAAUGGUCUUCCAUACUGCCAGCCUGUCAUCAGAUAUGUGUUUUGUGAGUAUGCUUCAUUAAUCCGAGCUGCUUGUGUCAAUCCUGAGCCAUAUUUUGUCUUACCUGUAAUGUUAAGCCUGUGGCCAAUGUGCGGACAGUUUCCAUUUAUUAUAUGCACUUAUGCUGUCCUGGCAUAUAGUGUGACCAAACUAUCCAACAAUUCAAGCAGAAUGCAAAUGAUCAACACAUGCGUGAGUCACCUAAUUGUUCUGUUCAGUUUUUAUGCUCCAAAGUUUGUUUCUAUAUUAUUAACUCGAUUAGGAGUUGUGCUAAAUUUAACAGAGCGAAAUGCAAUAUUAAUUACUGCCUCUCUGGUUCCUCCCUUAAUAAACCCCACUGUUUAUUCCAUCAGGACUAAAGAGAUCAGGAAACGAAUAGUAGAUGCAUUUCUUUUCAAAAAAAUUGUACCAGUUCACUUUUAG